AUGAAAGUAGCAAUCCUUGGCGCUACGGGCCAAAACGGCUCAUCUAUUGUCAAUGGCCUACUCGCCUCGACUGAAACACGAUUUGACAUCACCGCCCUUGUCAGACCCUCGUCACUCAAGAAGCCAAAUGUCAUCGAACUGCAGGGCAAGGGCGUAAGCAUAAUGUCAUUCAGCAUCAAUGACCCGGAGGACCAUCUUGUAGAUCAGCUCAAAGGCAUCGAAGUGCUUAUUGUUUGUUGUUUGCUCGAUGAAAUUGUUCUAGCCAGUGUAGCCAAAAAGGCAGGAGUAAAACGAUACAUUCCAUGCUUCUAUGCUGCGGUCAUGCCUCGAGGUGUUCAGUCGCUGCGAGAUAAUAAGGAGAUCAUCUUGGACCAUAUCCAGAGACUGCAUCUUCCUUAUACCGUCAUCGACGUCGGGUGGUGGUACCAGAUCAGUCUUCCCCGUCUGCCUUCCGGCCGCAUUGAUCGCAAUCUGUUUCUCUACAACGGUGCGAUUGGAGGAACUGGUGAUAUACCUUCUGCCAGGACCGAUUCCCGCGACGUUGGCAUCUAUGUUGCUCGUAUCAUCACCGACCCGAGAACCCUCAAUCAAAAGGUCUUUGCCUACACCGAACUCCUCACUCAGCAUGAGCUGUAUGAUGCAGUUGAGAAAAUCAGCGGCGAAAAGCUUGAAAGAAAAUAUCGCACCGCCAAGGAGAUUGAUGAUGGGAUUGCCAGAACCAAGGACAAUCUCAAAACGAUGUUUGACUACUGCCAGUUGACCUACCAAAAGUCAUUCGACGUUAUGGGGGAAAAUACACCCGAAUACGCCCGCUACCUGGGUUAUCAGAUUGGCAAAGACCUCUACCCUGACGUGAAGGGAACCUCUUUUGAAGAUUUCUUCAAAGAGACGUUGGAGACAGGCUUGUCGCCCAUGUAUGAGGAAUAUACAGAUUCACUGCGGGGUUCGAGCGAUUUCAUUUUCAAGGGUGAAGCCACUAUGGAAUGA